AUGUCCAAGCGAUUUCUUGAGGCGAGACGCAUUUUUGACCAAACGACUGAAGACAAACUAUGGAAAUUUGUCUAUAACGAGAAAAUCGGCGAAAAAUCCGGCGAUAAAAACCCUCCAACCUUGAAAAAAUGUUUCAAAGAAUUCAAACGGCUCGUGGCCCCAAACUAUGGAUAUUUUGAGAUCGAAUAUCAUUUUCACGAGGUGAUGAUUCCCAAUUUGUACAAAACCGAAGCCCUCUCUCCGAUUCAAGUUUUGGAGCUUAUUCGGGAAUUUAGACUUCCGAUAUCGAAGGAAAUCCGAUCGAUUUUCCUCCGUCACUGCCGCGAUCCGAUCAAUCCAACAGCUACAAUCAUAUCAAUGCGAUACGAUGGAGGCAGCAUUCUUCAAGGCUGGUCGUUCAAAAAAGCCAAUCCAGCUCAAAAACCGCGUAGCUGGGCACCAGAAGCUACCGUACCUUGCCACGUCGAAAUUCAGAUGUGGAAGCACAUCUGUGAGCAUUCCAAAGACCUUGAUGGCGUUAAAAUUCAGACAUUGGCGUUUUGGAGAAAAAUGAAGUUGGGGGACAGCGACAAGGAGAGGGUCACACCGGAUGCUUUAGUGAAUUUAUUCCAAGACAAAAUCCGCCACUUCUUGUUCUGCAUGGAUAUGGACGCCACUGACAAAAUCCAACUCAUCAAGGCCCUAUAUCUGAAAUUAAGCCCCGCCCACAAGCUGUGGCUCCUCCGUAUCGACUCUCUUUUCAUUCAAACCAAUGCAGAAGGGCACGUCUCCGAUUGGCAAUUCUGGAGAUCUGAGCCUCCAAUGACAGAUCUCUCUGGAAAAUUCUGGAAUCUGGAGAGAUAUAAACCACAUAAAUUGUAUAUUCCUGGAAUGAAAAAGGAAGAAAAGAGUCAAGUUCUGAAGCCAUAUGGACUUCCCAGACUUCCAAAAGUGAAGGAUAUCCUUGAAAAUCCAGCAAAAUACGCAGAAUUCUUGAAAUGGAAAGAGGCUCGAGUGCAGCGAAAUUUCUUUUUCGGGUUCAGAACCACAAAAAUGUACACCAAGCGUCAGGCUCCAGAAUGCUCCAGCCAGCCACCGGGACCACCAAAAAAAUCUGGACGAUUCUAG